AGAUAUUUCUCUAUAGAAAAGAGAAAGAAGAUAAAGACAUGAACAACGGAUCCUUAUUUUGAAAGCAUAUACCGUAUUCAUUUCAUUUUAUUCACCACUUUAUAAAAGCGUACACCACUAACUUACCACAAAAACCCAUUCUCCGAUCACCGGAGAUGAAUAACCGGCGAGUCCCUUUCACUAUUUUCCUCUUCUACCUCCUCCUCACCGCCACCGCCGAUGAAACCCUCCACCGCAAAAAACACAAAAUCACCGGCCCAAUCAAAACCAUAGUAGUAAUCGUAAUGGAAAAUCGCUCCUUCGACCAUGUUCUCGGUUGGCUGAAACAAACCCGACCCGAAAUCGACGGAUUAACCGGCACUGAGUCAAAUCCGAUCCAUGUCUCAAACCCUUCUUCCCCAAAAAUCCCAGUCUCAAACGACGCCGUUUUCAUCGAUUCCGAUCCCGGUCACUCUUUCCAAGCCAUACGUGAACAAAUCUUCGGUUCAAAUCAAACCAAAUCAAACCCCGCUCCAAUGAACGGGUUCGCUCAACAAGCAGAAAAAACCCAAACCGGAAUGUCGAAAACCGUUAUGUCUGGGUUUAAACCGGAGCUUCUCCCGGUUUACACUGCUUUAGCAGAAGAAUUCACGGUUUUUGAUAAAUGGUUUGCUUCGGUUCCCGCUUCAACUCAACCGAACCGGUUUUACGUUCAUUCCGCUACUUCACACGGUGCAAUGAGUAAUGUGAGAAAAAAUCUCAUACAUGGUUUUCCACAGCGCACAAUUUUCGACUCGUUGAACGAUAACGGUGUUAGUUUUGGUAUAUAUUACCAGAAUAUCCCUGCAACGCUAUUUUUCAAGAGUUUGAGAAAGUUGAAAAAUUCUGUGAAGUUUCAUAGCUAUGGUUUGAAGUUUAAGAGACAUGCCUUGAAGGGGAAGUUACCGAAUUAUGUUGUUAUUGAGCAGAGGUAUUUUGAUGUUAAGGUUUCACCGGCGAACGAUGACCAUCCUUCGCAUGAUGUUGCUAUAGGACAGAGGUUUGUGAAGGAGGUUUAUGAGGUUUUGAGGAAGAGUCCUCAGUGGAAGGAAAUGGCGAUUUUGAUUACGUAUGAUGAACAUGGUGGGUUUUAUGAUCAUGUUCCUACACCGGUUGUAGGUGUUCCGAAUCCGGAUGGGAUUAUUGGACCUACCCCUUAUUAUUUUAGGUUUGAUAGGUUGGGUGUUCGUGUUCCGACUUUUCUCAUUUCACCUUGGAUUGAUAGGCGUACCGUGAUUCAUGAACCAGAUGGUCCAACGCCAUAUUCUCAGUAUGAACAUUCAUCAAUUCCUGCCACAGUAAAGAAGCUUUUCAAUUUAAAAUCCAAUUUCCUAACAAAGAGAGAUGCAUGGGCUGGUACCUUUGAGAAAUACUUUUACAUUCGAGAUACUCCUCGUGAUGAUUGUCCAGAAACACUUCCUGAAGUGAAGGUUAAUCUAAGGCCAUUUGGACCAAAAGAAGAUUUAAGUCUCUCAGAAUUUCAAAUGGAACUGAUCCAGCUAGCAUCUCAGCUCAACGGCGAUUACAUACUAAAUUCCUAUCCAAAUAUUGGGAAAAGUAUGACAGUAAAAGAAGCAAACAGGUAUGCAGAAGAUGCAGUGAAGAGGUUUCUUGAAGCAGGAAAGGCUGCUCUUAAAGCUGGUGCUAAUGACUCUGCUAUUGUCACAAUGAGGCCUUCCCUUACCAGCAGAGUUUCUGUUGGAGGUUCCCGGAAACAGUUGGAAUCAUACUAAUUUAUUCACAACUAGAGGUGUAAAUAUAGUAGUAGUAGUAGUAGUAGUAUAGAAUAGACAUUUAGCUUGUUCCAUGUGAUAUUUAAGAAAGAUAUACUAAUGGUCUUAGUAAAAGUAUUUUCAGUGCAAGAACAAUUAACCAGACAACUGAUUAGUUAUGGUAAAAAAGAUUAUUUGGUUAUGGACUUGAUUAAUCACGCCGUGGUGGUUGAUUGUUCUUAAAUUGAAAUGAAUUUUACCAAGAAUUUUAAUUUCGUAAAUUUUUCUUUCUUAAAUAUAUACCACGUGCCCGAUGAAAUAUUUAAAAUAGGAAACUUCUGUAAAUAUUUUACUAUGACAUCCAUCUUCUCAAACAAAACGGUAUGUAACCAUGUAUUAUGUAUUAUGUGUAGCUGAACCUUGAGUAAUUUACUAGUUUUUUUUCUUCUCCAA